AUGUACAUUUUCCUUUCCAUGUUGGCCGUAACAGACCUUGGCUUAUCGAUAUCCACCAUACCGACAAUUCUGGGCUUUUACGUGUUUAACUCUAGGGAGAUCAUCAUGGAUGCCUGUUUUUCUCAGCUGUAUUUUGUCCACUUAUUUUCAAUCACUGAAUCCUCCAUGCUCCUGUUGAUGGCCUUUGACCGCUUCAUCGCAAUCUUUAACCCGCUGAGAUAUACCUCCAUCUUAAGCCCGCGCAGAAUAGCCAAGAUGGGGCUGGUAUUUGUGGUGAGAGGGGUGGUUGUAACAGUUCCAUUUCCCGUUCUUCUGAGACGGUACCAAUACUGCCAAACCAACGUCCUGUCCCAUUGCUACUGUCUAAACCAGGAUGUCAUGAAGUUGGCUUGUUCAGAUAUAAGAGUCAGCAGCUUCUACGGCUUGUUUGUUGUAAUCUCCACUGUGGCAUUGGAUGCGCUGCUCAUUGUUGUCUCCUAUGUGAUGAUCCUCAAGACAGUGCUGGGCAUUGCAUCCCGCAUCGAGAGCCUCCGGGCCCUGAACACCUGCGUCUCCCACAUCUGUGCCGUUGUGCUCUAUUACACACCAAUGUUGGGUCUGCCUGUGCUACACAGAUUCGGGGACAGCUCUACUCACUUGCUUCAGACCCUCCUGGGCUACAUCUACCUGAUGGCUCCACCUCUGAUGAACCCAAUUGUGUACAGCAUCAAAAGCAAACAUCUUCGUGCAAGGAUCAUCAGGGUGUUCGUCAAAUGA